CCCAGUGUUUUGUUUUCGGUGGGAAAUGGGUCCAAGUGGCUCUUUGAGUGUUUUGGGUUGCCUACGCCUGGUCUAGGGCUAAUAAAGAGAAGACUAGAGGUGCCAUGAUAGCCGUCUUCCAAUAUUUGAGGGGCUGCAACAGAGAAGAAGAGGUUGCCUUAGUCUCCAAAGCACCUGAGGGCAAAAAAGUUAUGGAGAUAGAUCCAAUCUAGAGUUGAACAAUUUCCUAGCAGUGAGAACAAUCAGCGGUAUGGCUUGCCUCCAGAAGUUAUGGGUGCUCCAUCAUUGGAGGUUUUAAAGAAGUGAUUGGACAGCCAUUAGUCCAGAAUGAUAAACAGUCUCUUGCUUGAGCAAGGGGUUGGAUUAGAAGACCUCUAAGGUCCUUCCAACCUUGUUAUUCUUUAUUCUGAUCCAUCACUGAGCAACUAUUGUUAGGAAAUUUUACCUGAUGUCCAACCAUAAUCUACUUGCUUAUAAUUUAAAUCAAUAAGACAUAAAUGGACUUUUAGUUUUGGGGGUGUUGGUCUUCCCCAGCCUGGUCCUUUGUAUCGGAAACACUACUUCCAAAGUUCCUGGACAUCAUCUACAAAAUAUACAUGGAAGGCACCAAGUUAGGAAGAUACACUUUUCUGGAACUAUGCUACAGCCUCUGCGAAGUACAGAUGUGAAUUCCGUCUGUUUUAAAACACAUGUAAUCUACGCUGUUCUUCCAAAGUGAGUCAGAACGAACCCCAUGGUCUGUAUUAACACAACGUGAGAAAACUAAACGGCUAUGUUAGGAAGCCAUGCAGUUGGAUUACAGCAAUGCUGUACAUCAUACUUCAGUGAGCAUAUUAGAGGAGCGCCGCCACAGGUUUGGGAUUAAGUCCCGCUGAGGGCCGUAUGGAUAAAAUGCUUCCUCCAGCCUCAAAGUGAUUCUGAUGGUCAGGGUGCUUGCUUUGCUAAUCAGGUUCCAACCGUGCAACCCUUCUUCGUUUACUCAGCAUUGCCGCGCGGCUAUUUCCGCUGUCAACAGGUCUCGGGCCUUUUGCCUUGCCUUAGCCGCAUCCCAAAUCUUUCUCAAGAGAUCGGCAACUCGUUUCCAGUUUUCACAAUUCCCCACCCUCCCGCGUGGAGCUUCUGCGCGGAUUACUCCAAGCGACUCGUUCUCUCUCUCUCUCUCUCGGCGCCUCCUGUUCCCGGAGAUGCCUGCCGCCGGCCCCUCCCUUCCGAGGUCUCUCCUGCAUACUUGCGCGCAUCUCUGUCUCGCGCGCACAUUAGUAUCCGCCCUGUAGACCGGAGCCUCGAACGGGCGGGCGCAGCAAGCGCUCCUCGCCGGCUUUCUCCUCCGCUCUAAGCUGGAGCAACGCCCUUCGCAGCCGCCCUUCCCUCCGGCACUCCACCGCCUGCCCGCCUGUUGGUUUGGUCCCCAGAGCCCGGGCGGAGCCGCUCUUGAUUCACGUGGGCAAGAGAAAGGGCGCCGUCGCUCCUGCCACCGCCAGUGAGACCAGCGCCGUUGUUUUCAAGCCUUGGAGAGCCGGGCUCUGGGCUUUCCCCCCCCCGCUGCAGCAGGUAUUGCUGGCAGGGUCACUUUUACCAAGCUAGGGUGUCACUGCGCUGAGAAAAGUACCUAAGAGGAAGGAAAGAAAGGGGGGGAAAGUAAGGUGGACCAAAAAGACAGAGAGAGAAAGACUGGCAGCGGGGCGGAGGCUUCCUUUGUAGCUGUGCUGAAAACUCCACCUUCGGGGCAUGGGAGCAACUUCUGAAAGUGGGUGAUAACUGAUGAGAGAGGAAUCUUCAAUUUUGUAUCACAUAUAUGGAAUUGGACCUCCUCAGGGUAAAUAUACCUGGUGGCCAAUCUGCUGAGUUUUCAUAAUCAGUUUGGAUCCUGUUAAAUGUCAUCAUAAGGUCAUUUUUUCAUAAGAAUUAAAAAGUAAUUAAAACUUGCAGAAUGAAAAAAUGGCACAUGCACUGCUUGCACAGCCAGGGCCUGAUUGCUUCUUCCGAUUCACUCCGGAGUCACUUGCAGCAAUUGAGCAGAGGAUCACUGAGGAAAAAGACAAACGAAAAGUAGAGCAAGAGCAGAAGGAGGAGGACAACGAUGAAGGCAAGCCAAAGCCAAAUACUGAUUUGGAAGCAGGGAAGCCAUUGCCUUUAAUUUAUGGAGACAUUCCUCCUCAUUUGGUGUCUGAGCCCUUGGAAGACCUAGACCCUUAUUAUGCAAAUAAAAAAACAUUCAUAGUAUUGAAUAAAGGGAAGUCUAUCUUCAGAUUCAGUGCCACACCUGCCUUAUACAUGCUGAGUCCUUUCAGUACUCUUAGAAGAAUUUCUAUAAAAAUUUUAGUUCAUUCAUUAUUCAGCAUAUUUAUUAUGUUUACUAUUCUCACAAACUGUGUAUUCAUGACUUUGAAAGAACCUCCUGACUGGUCAAAGAUGGUAGAAUACACAUUCACUGGGAUAUAUACAUUUGAGUCCCUCAUAAAAAUUUUUGCAAGAGGUUUCUGUAUAGAUGAUUUUACUUUCCUUCGAGAUCCCUGGAAUUGGCUUGAUUUUCUUGUAAUUUCAUUUGCAUAUGUGACAGAGUUUGUGGACCUGGGCAAUGUCUCAGCGUUGAGAACAUUCAGAGUUCUCCGGGCAUUGAAAACAAUAUCAGUCAUCCCAGGCCUGAAGACAAUUGUAGGAGCCCUCAUUCAGUCAGUGAAGAAGCUUUCAGAUGUCAUGAUCCUGACUCUGUUUUGUCUGAGUGUGUUUGCAUUAAUAGGAUUGCAGUUGUUCAUGGGUAACUUGAGGCAUAAAUGCUUAUUUUGGCCCCUGAGUAAUGCUUCUUAUGACGAUACAUACUUUAUGAAAUACUACAAUGGAACUGAGUUCAUGUGGUCUAAAUAUAUUGAAAAUAAAGACCACUUUUACUUCUUGGAAGGUGCAAAGGAUGCCUUGCUCUGUGGUAAUAAUUCAGAUGCUGGGCAGUGUCCACAAGGAUACACUUGUGUACCAAUAGGUAGAAAUCCGGACUAUGGCUAUACAAGCUUUGAUAGCUUUAGCUGGGCUUUCUUGUCACUCUUUCGGCUGAUGACUCAGGAUGCCUGGGAAAACCUUUAUCAACAGACUUUGCGGGCUGCUGGCAAAGGAUACAUGUUCUUUUUCGUCGUGGUGAUUUUCCUGGGCUCUUUCUACCUGAUCAACCUGAUCUUGGCAGUAGUAGCUAUGGCUUAUGAUGAGCAGAAUCAAGCUACUAUGGAUGAAGCUCGGCGAAAGGAGACUGAGUAUCAGCAAAUGCUUGAGCAUCUGAAAAGGCAACAAGAGGAAGCUCAGGCACUGGUGGCAGCAGCAGCUUAUAAAGAUUUCAGGGAUGAUGGCGCUCUUGGAAGACUUUCAGAAACAUCUUCAGAAUUAUCAAGCUCCAAAAGUGCUAAAGAAAGAAGAAACCGAAGGAAAAAAAGACGACAAAGAGAAUUGUCGGUUGGAGAACCCGGAGGCAAUGGCAAAAUGUUUCCAAAAUCGGAAUCAGAUAGCAGCAUCAGAAGGAAAGGAUUUCGAUUUUCCUUGGAAGGAAAUAGACUCGCAUAUGAAAAUAGGGUCAUUUCUCCAUACCAGUCAAUGCUGUUUCCCACAAGGCGCAAUAGCAGGGCCAGUUUUUCCAGCUUCAAAGGUCCAACUACCGAAGGAGGCUCAGAUGCUGAUAGUGAGCACAGCACCUUUGAAGAAAAUGGAAGCCGGAAUGGUUCCUAUUUUAUUGUACGCAGACAUAGUGACCGACGCAGCAGUAACAUCAGUCAGACCAUGUUUCCAAUGAACGGGAAGAUGCAGAGCAGCGUGGACUGCAAUGGGGUGGUUUCCUUGGUAGGAGGACCACCUGUGCUCCUGUCGCCUACUGGACAGCUUCUCCCAGAGAGUAAUGCUUCUGAGAUGGAAAGCAAAAAGAGACGGUCCAGUUCUUUUCAGAUAUCAAUGGAUUUGCUAGAAGACCCCACCAUAAGGCAAAGAGCAAUGAGCAUAGCAAGCAUUAUCACAAACACGAUGGAAGAACUUGAAGAAUCAAGACAGAAAUGUCCGCCAUGCUGGUAUAAGUUUGCCCACAGUUACUUGAUUUGGAAUUGUUCUGAUAAUUGGUUACAAAUAAAGAGAAUUCUUCAUUUAAUUGUGAUGGAUCCAUUUGUUGAUCUUGGAAUUACUAUCUGCAUUAUUUUAAAUACUCUAUUCAUGAGCAUGGAACAUUAUCCAAUUGAUGAUUCCUUCAGUAGUAUUCUUAAAAAUGGAAAUCUGGUUUUCACUGGAAUCUUCACUGCAGAGAUGGUCCUCAAAAUAAUUGCCAUGGAUCCUUAUUAUUAUUUCCAAGAAGGCUGGAAUAUUUUUGAUAGCAUCAUUGUAACCCUCAGUUUAAUGGAGCUGGGUCUUCAAGAAGUGGAUGGAUUGUCAGUCUUAAGAUCUUUCAGACUGCUUCGAGUAUUCAAACUGGCAAAGUCUUGGCCAACUCUAAACAUGCUAAUAAAGAUCAUUGGAAACUCAGUUGGAGCUUUAGGAAACUUGACCUUGGUGCUAGCUAUCAUUGUCUUCAUAUUUGCUGUGGUUGGUAUGCAGCUGUUUGGUAAAAACUAUGACAGUUGUAAAUGCAAAAUUUCAGAAGACUGCACACUUCCACGCUGGCACAUGAAUGACUUUUUCCACUCAUUCUUGAUCGUGUUCCGAGUUCUUUGUGGAGAAUGGAUAGAAACCAUGUGGGACUGUAUGGAGGUUGCAGGUCAAGCCCUUUGCCUGACAGUCUUCAUGAUGGUGAUGGUGAUUGGAAACCUGGUGCUGCUAAACCUCUUCCUGGCAUUAUUAUUGAGUUCUUUCAGUUCAGACAGCCUUGCUGCUCCAGAGCAGGAAACUGAAGCAAAUAAUCUACAGAUUGCUAUAUCAAGAAUUCAGAGGGGAAUCAAUUACGUAAAGAGGAAGAUGUGUGAAUUUGUGCAAAUUGUUUUUUUGCAAAGAUGCAAGGACGCUUCUGGAUUAAGUGCAGUUGAUCAACAAAAUGAUAAGAAAGAUCAGUGCAUUCCCAACCAUACCAUAGUGGAGAUCAACCAGACUUUUGGUUAUCAGAGGCCUAGAAAAAUGACUACCAGCUGCAUGGACAACAGUGAUCACCUGUCAUUCAUAAAUAACCCAAAUCUUACUGUGACUGUACCAAUAGCAGUGGGAGAGUCUGAUUUUGAACAUUUCAACACAGAGGAACUUACCAGCAUAUCUGAACUUGAAGAAACCAAAGAAAAAACAAGUCUUUACAGCUCCACUGAAGGUAGCACAAUUAUUUUUGCAUCUGUUGGAGACAAAGAAUCUGAUGCUGCAACAAAAGGCCCACCACAACCAAAACCUUGUUUUACUGAUGGCUGUGUACAGAAAUUCAGAUGUUGUCAGAUCAAUAUAGAGUCUGGGAAAGGCAAAUGCUGGUGGAACCUUCGCAAAACUUGCUUUAAGAUAGUGGAACACAAUUGGUUUGAAACCUUCAUUGUCUUCAUGAUUCUUCUAAGCAGUGGUGCUUUGGCUUUCGAAGACAUAUAUAUUGACCAGCGCAAAACUAUCAAGACCAUGCUGGAAUACGCAGACAAGGUCUUCACCUACAUCUUCAUUUUAGAAAUGCUUCUGAAGUGGGUGGCUUAUGGCUUUCAAGCCUAUUUCACCAAUGCCUGGUGCUGGCUGGAUUUCAUGAUUGUAGAUGUUUCCUUAGUAAGUUUAAUUGCCAACGCCUUGGACUAUUCUGAACUUGGUCCUAUUAAAACACUUCGCACCCUGAGAGCUUUGAGACCUUUAAGAGCCUUAUCCCGCUUUGAAGGAAUGAGGGUAGUGGUGAAUGCACUGGUAGGAGCCAUACCCUCGAUUAUGAACGUGCUUCUUGUUUGUCUUAUUUUCUGGCUAAUUUUCAGCAUCAUGGGUGUAAAUCUGUUUGCUGGUACAUUCUUUGAAUGUGUUAAUAAAACAGAUGGAGUAAGGAUUUCACAUUUAAUCGCCCCGUUUAAAAAUGUCUGUGUGACUUUAGAAUAUGCCAGAUGGAGAAAUGUUAGAGUCAACUUUGACAAUGUUGGAGCUGGAUAUCUCUCUCUUCUUCAGAUUGCUACCUUUAAAGGAUGGAUGGAAAUAAUGUAUGCUGCUGUUGAUUCAACAGGAGUAGAAAAGCAACCCCAGUAUGAGCAUAACUUGUAUAUGUAUCUUUACUUUGUCGGAUUCAUUAUAUUUGGUUCAUUCUUCACUUUGAAUCUAUUCAUUGGCGUCAUCAUUGAUAAUUUCAACCAACAAAAAAAGAAGUUAGGAGGUCAAGAUAUUUUUAUGACAGAAGAACAAAAAAAAUAUUAUAAUGCCAUGAAAAAAUUGGGAUCCAAAAAGCCACAGAAACCUAUACCCAGGCCAUCAAAUAAAAUACAAGGCUUUGUUUUUGAUAUUGUAACCAAACAAGCCUUUGACAUCGGCAUCAUGGUUCUUAUCUGUCUUAACAUGGUCACUAUGAUGGUGGAAACAGCUGACCAGGACCCUUCCAUAGAAGAAAUUUUAUAUUGGAUUAAUUUGAUUUUCAUUGUCAUUUUUACUGGGGAGUGUCUCCUGAAAUUGAUUGCUCUCCGUUACUAUUAUUUCACUAUUGGCUGGAAUAUAUUUGAUUUUGUGGUUGUCAUAUUCUCCAUUGUAGGUAUGUCCCUGUCACAGAUCAUUGAGAAAUACUUUGUGUCCCCCACUUUGUUUCGAGUGGUCCGACUUGCCAGGAUAGGUCGAGUUCUGCGUCUAAUCAAGGGGGCAAAGGGAAUCCGCACCCUGCUUUUUGCCUUGAUGAUGUCUCUCCCUGCCUUGUUCAACAUUGGUCUCCUCCUUUUCCUGGUCAUGUUCAUCUACGCUAUAUUUGGAAUGUCCCAAUUUGCCUAUGUUAAAAGAGAAGCUGGGAUUGACGACAUGUUCAAUUUUGAAACUUUUGCUAACAGCAUGAUCUGCCUGUUUCAAAUUACCACUUCUGGUGGUUGGAAUGCACUGCUGUUGCCUAUUCUCAACAAGGAGCCAGACUGUGACCCUAAAAGGGUUCAUCCAGGAAGCUCAGUUGAAGGAGACUGUGGCAAUCCUUCCGUUGGGAUUUUCUUCUUCGUCAGCUACAUUAUCAUCUCAUUUUUAGUUGUAGUAAAUAUGUACAUUGCUGUCAUUUUGGAGAACUUCAGCGUGGCUACUGAAGAAAGUGCUGAACCGCUAGGGGAAGAUGACUUUGAGAUGUUCUAUGAGGUCUGGGAAAAGUUUGAUCCAGAUGCAACACAGUUUAUAGAGCUCAGCAAACUUUUUGAUUUUGCUGCCUCACUAGAGCCCCCUCUGCUAAUACCAAAACCAAACAAAGUUCAGCUAAUUGCAAUGGACCUGCCCAUAGUGAGUGGUGACAGAAUCCACUGCCUUGAUAUCUUAUUUGCCUUUACAAAGCGUGUUUUGGGUGAAAGCGAUGAAAUGGAUGCCCUUCGUGUGCAAAUGGAAGAUCGGUUCAUGGCUGCUAAUCCCUCAAAAGUCUCCUAUCAACCAAUUACAACUACCCUGAAACGGAAACUUGAGGAGGAAUCAGCUAAGGUUAUUCAGAGAGCCUUUAGGCAUUAUCACCUAAGGAAACCAGUGUUCAAAAAAUCGUACUUAUAUAAGGAUGGGGAUGUUUUUCCCUCCAAAACUGAAAUGGCUUUUGAUAAAUUAAGUUUGAGCUUAGCUCUGGAAAAGACAGAAAGAACCUCCUCCACAACUUCCCCUCCUUCCUAUGAUAGUGUAACAAAACCAGACAAAUAUGAACAAGAAAAGUCAGAAAAAGAAGAAAAAGGUAAAGAUGACAAGGAUUACAGAAAAUAAUCCCGAAGCAGACCUAUAAUUCUGUCUACACCAACUUGUUUACAGCAUCAGAAAAGUAGUACUGAUACUAACAGGAAUCAUGCUGAAAGCUUAUGCCAAACUACCAUUUCUACUAUAUCAACAUAAUAUAUUCAUGCAUCCAAGGUACUUAUAAUUUUAUUGUUGACUGCAUAGUAUGGUAACAGACUUAUGAGGACAAAAUCAAUUCUUCUUACCAGCUCGCACAGAUGAAGAGGAUUCACAAAAUUACUAUAGGCUGUAAGAAUGAAUUAGCAUUUGUGUGCGCGCGCGUGUGUGUGUGUGUUAACAACAACCAAAAAUUAUUCCUUUGCUGCAAUAAUUGUAUCCGAUGUGUGCACCUCAAUUGCCAUUUAUUUCAUGUUUGACAAAAUUGUUAGUACAAUUGUACUUCUGUUCACAAAUCAUUGUCUGUGAUGAUGUCCAGCAACAGAAUUGAUUUUUCAGAUACGUUUAUAUAUAUAUACACACACAUACAUAUAUAUUUAACUUUAUUACUGAUAAUAAAGAUAGGAUCAUUGGAGAACUUAACCACUGUAGGCUUAAAACUUUUGUCAGAUAUUUGUAGGCUUGUCCAAAGUUAUCUGCAAGAUCCUUCAGACCUGCAAAUUUCACCCUGAAAAAAAAAAUUAUUGUCCAGCUUUGUUUACUAAAAACUGAGCCUAGGAUAGAAACGAGGGUACCGGAGUUCCUCCCCCAUCAUUGUGCAAGGACAGCCAGCAGCUUGACCUACCAAUCUUCUUUAUUGGCUGUUGCUGAUUCCCGACUUUAUUUGCAGUUUAUCACUGUUCAGGCCAUUGGCUGUUUGAAUGUAGCUAACAUCUGCUCACCUUUAAAGAAACUGGUAGCUUCUUUAAGAAUAUAGGCCAGUGAUGGCGAAUCUUUUAGAGACCGAGUGCCGAAACUGCAACCCAAAACCCACUUAUGCAUCGUCGGGUGCCGGGUGGGUGUGGCCCAUUGGGUGGGCAUGGCUGCAGUGGUGACG